UUUUUUACGGUACCAACCUACUGGAAACUUAUCGUGUUGCAAUAUUCGCGUGUUUUUAUUAUUUCAUAUUCAUACUGUUGUUAUUAAAUUGCUAUCGUUUAUAAUGUGGUAAUGUGGUUUUGGCUGCUUUUAAUUUUGCCUAAAAUAAAUUACGCUAACGAGCAAGAUUGCGCGAACAUUGCUUGUGACCAUAAUAAUGUAAACGUGUGUGGUGUCCGUACUGGUGAGGCUAAGGAAGUUUCUUUUAAAAUGUUCGAGGACAAAUGUGCGAUGCAGAAAUUUGAGUGUGAAACGGGAAUGAAAGGUUUUAGAUCUAUCAGCAUGGAGUACUGUAACCAAGCUUUAUCGCUGGACGCUAGACGAAAUAACAACGUAAUACAAAAUAUUACUGAGAAACAUGAAUCACAAAUCGAAGAUUAUUCUUUGAGUACAAAUACAGCAUUAGAUGUAUCGGGCACAACUGAUAUUUCUGAACAUUCGACUUGCAUUCAGUGUGAUUGUACUGCUAAAGCCGAACCUAUUUGUGGGAUAAGAGCCGAAGGAGCACGGUUCUUCAUCAAAUGGUUUCAUGACAAAUGUCAUAUGUUUCAGUACAAUUGUGAAAAUAAUGUAAAUUUUACCGAAACCCAUGACUACAUUUGUGUUGAAGAUAAAAGCUAUCAAACAUCAAAUGAAAAGAUAUCGACAGAACCCGUUGAAACAGAAGAUAUAGAAAUGAUCGAGACAGACAAACCAGAUUUAGAAAAUCAAACAUGUAUUCAACAUGAAUGUAUUUCUGAUGAUAGAGUAAUUUGUGCUAUAAGGACAGAAGCUGAACGUUUUAUAAUUAGAUCGUUUAAUGACACGUGUCACAUGUUACAGUAUAACUGUGAGAAACAAGUAAACUUUAGUGUCACUGAUGAUUUUCUUUGUGCUCGAGAUAAUGACUUUACAGAAAAAGACGGAAGCGAGGAAGAUAUUCUAAAAUUUGAUGAUGUUAUAGAAGAAGUAGAAAACAAUACACAAUUGUUAGAAGAAGCUGAACAAGCAGAAGAUUUAGAAACAACAACUUUAGAAAAUGAAAAACGUUAUAAGGUCGAAAACUUUGAUGAAGAAAAUUCGAUACCAAGAAAUUUGGUGGUUUCAACGUUUAAUAUAAAUGAUAAUAUCAACCGAACGGUAGACAAAUUCUUCGCUGCAUCUCAUACAACUGGUAUACAAUUAGAGCAACUAGAAAACGAGAAUACACGCAGGAUGCAAGUUAAAUACACGGGACCAAUAAACGUAUUCGCGCCGAGAAUGUUCAGGCCGGCGAACUUCACACCCAUUGACGACUUGCCUGAUGAAAUAUACUACGAUUAUCAGCCGUUGGUCAAGUAUUGUUUCCACAGAUGUCCCAAGAAAUGUCCGGACUUCUACAGGCCCGUGUGUGGCGGUCGGAUCGACAGCAAGAAGCAAACUCCGUUCCUGUUUUACAAAAACCACUGCUACAUGGACAAGGCCAAGUGCCACAUGUAUUGGGCAGGCUACAAGGGCAAUAACCUAACAGAAAUAGAAGAAAUGGGUUUCAUUUUCUGCGGCGGGUACAAGAUAAUGAACAUGAUGUAUAUGUUCCCACUGAUCCGGAUCCUGCAGAAGAUGGGUCGGAUCCAGAAGAAGGGAAAGAUCCAUUUCGUGAUGCGCAACUUGGGCCAGUUUCCCGCACAUUUGCAAGGGAAGUAA